UAACGCUUCAGGAUCUCAUUCAGAGUCGGGGGUGGAUUUCCCUCCUGGUCUGAGACGGUGGACGCGCGGUGAGGGGUCAGCGGAGUGGGGGGGUCAUGGAAAUAACUAAAGGUCACAGGCCGGGUCCCUCACUUUGAUCAACUAGGUACAGGAUACCUUUGUUAUGCUCCUCCUUUUUGAGAGGUGAGGGGUAUUUCUGGUUUCCCAUCAUGGGCAACGCAGCCGGCAGCAUGGAGGUGCCUCAGGGGCCGGAGGCGGCGGCCCCCCCCCGCGGGCCCCCAGAGACGAGCGGGGCUCAAGCUCCCGGUGCCGCCCGGGGAGGAGCUGGAGCGGCGCUUCGGGGCCGUGCUGGGCACGAUGAAUCUCCCUCCAGACAAAGUGAAGCUGCUCAGCCAGUACGACCAGGAGAAGAAGUGGGAUCUGAUCUGUGACCAGGAGCGGUUUCAAGUGAAGAAUCCACCGUCUGCUUAUCUGGAGAAGCUGAAGAGUCACCUGGACCACGGGGGGGUCAGUCGGAAGUUUAAGCGACGCGUGCAGGAAUCCACUCAGACCCUCAGAGAGCUGGAGAUCUCCCUGAGGACCAACUCCAUCGGCUGGGCUCAGGAGUUCCUCGACGAGGAGAACCGCGGCCUGGACGUUCUGGUGGACUACCUCUCCUUCGCCCACAGCGCCGUCUCGUACGAGGUGGAGGCGCCGGACCACGGCACGCCGCCCUCAGAGAAGAGCGCGGAGCGCUCGCUGGAGGAUCUGAGCAGGAGCGCCAGCAACUCCCCCACGCACAGCGCCUCCAAGGCCGGCAAGGCCUUCACCGUCAGAUUGACCUCUCUCCAUCACAGGAGAGGCCAGCGCAGCUCUCGGGCCGCCAGCCAGACGGACGACGUGCACCUCUGUGUCAUGUGUCUACGGGCCAUCAUGAACUACCAGUCUGGGUUCAACCAGGUGAUGAAGCAUCCCCGCUGCGUCAACGAGAUCACGCUCAGUCUCAACAACCGGAACCCGAGGACAAAAGCUCUGGUUCUGGAGCUGCUGGCGGCCGUGUGCCUGGUGAGAGGCGGUCAUGACAUCAUCCUCUCCGCCUUCGACAGCUUCAAAGAGGCGUGUGGAGAGAGAAGUCGGUUCGAGAGGCUCAUGGAGUAUUUUAGCCAUGAAGACAGCAACAUCGACUUCAUGGUGGCCUGUAUGCAGUUCAUCAACAUCGUGGUCCACUCGGUGGAGAACAUGAACUUCAGAGUCCACCUCCAGUACGAGUUCACUCGCCACGGGCUGGACGACUACCUGGAGAGGUUAAAGUUCACGCUGAGCGACCGGCUGCUGGUGCAGAUCCAGGCCUACCUGGACAACGUGUUCGACGUGGGCGCCCUGCUGGAGGACGCCGAGGCCAAGAGCGCCCUGCUGGAGCACCUGGAGGAGCUGCAGGAGCACAACGCCCUGCUGAGCUGCAGGCUUCAGGAGCGCGAGAGGCAGGCGAUGGAGAACGUGUCGGCCAUGGAGAAGAAGCUCAUCCAGACCACGAAGGAGGCGGAGCUCCUCAAGGAGGGUCUCCGUGAAUCCGGCUCUCAGGUGACUCUCCUGCAGCAGCGAGAACGAGAGAGCGAGCUCGAGCGUGAGCAGGAGAGAGAGAGGGACCGGGCCACCGAGGCCCUGAAGGAGCUGGAGGUCAAAGUUCAGGCUCUGGUGGAGCUGGGCCUGGUCCGACUGCAGCGCUCCUCCUCCGGACGCCUGGACCUGCAGCUGGUCCCCGUCGUCCAGGCAACGCAACCAACAGAAGAAGACGAUUCAGGUGAAAACCUUGAGGCUCCGCCCCCUUCCACUGAUUGCUCAACUGGAACUCCUCCUCCUCCACCUCCCCCUCCUCCACCGCCACCACCCCCAGCGGCUCCACCACCCCUGCUGCAUCCUGGAGGUGGUACGACCCACUUAGACGGCGGCUCAGGCUGCAGGAAGAAGAAGGCCAUUCAAACUAAAUACUGCAUGCCGCUGCUGAACUGGCAGCCGCUCCAAUCCAACCAGGUGGCCGGGACCAUCUUCACGGAGCUGGACGACGACAACGUCCUAGAGGAGCUCAACAUGGAGACCUUUGAGGAGCAGUUCAAGACCAAGGCCCAGGCGGCCCCCGCGGACCCGGGGACCCUCAAGAUGAAACGGGCCCACAAGACCCCCAGCAAGGUGUCCCUGAUGGAGCCCAACAGGGCCAAGAACCUCGCCAUCACGCUGCGCAAGGAAGGCGUGGCGGCGUCCGACAUCUGCUGCGCCAUCGAGACGUACAACCAGAGGGCCCUGAGCCUGGACUUCCUGGAGCUGCUGGAGCGCUUCAUCCCCACGGAGGGCGAGGCGCGGCUCAUCCACGCCUACGAGUGCGAGGGCCGGCCCCCGGAGGCCCUCAGCGAGGAGGACCGCUUCAUGCUGCGCUUCAGGCGCAUCCCCCGGCUCCCGCAGCGCGUCGGCACGCUCACCUUCAUGGGCAACUUCCCCGAGAGCGUGCAGCUGCUGCAGCCGCAACUGGACGCCAUCAUCGCCGCCUCCAUGUCCAUCAAGUCCUCCGGCAAGCUGAAGAAGAUCCUCGAGGUCAUCUUAGCGUUUGGGAACUACAUGAACAGCAGCAAGCGGGGGGCGGCGUACGGCUUCCGGCUGCAGAGCUUAGACCUGCUGUCGGACACAAAGUCGACAGACCGGAAGCAGACGCUACUGCACUUCAUCGUCGGCGUCAUUCAGGAGAAAUACCCCGACGCCCGGGCCUUCUUCACCGAGCUGCACUUCCUGGACAAGGCGGCGCUGGUUUCCCUCGACAGCAUCCUGCAGGACGUGCGGGCGCUGCAGAGCGGCAUGGAGGCGACCAGGAGGGAGUUCUCCGUGGAGAAGGAGAACCCGGUUCUGCAGACGUUCCUCAGCAGCAACGCCGAGCUGCUCCACUCGCUCACAUCUGACGGGAGAACCGCCCAGGAUGUUUAUGACUCGGCUGUGGAGUACUUUGGAGAGAGCUCUAAAGCCACGCCCCCCUCCGCCUUCUUCACCGUGUUCCUCCGGUUCAUCAGAGCCUACAAGCAAGCGGAGCAGGAGAACGAGCAGAGGGCCAGACAGCUGACCUGCGACGCCCCGACCACGCCCCCCAAACCCGAAGUUCUGGUCUUUCAGGUCUUCGUGUCGUCCAAACCGCCUCAGAUGGACCUGAUAGCCGAGCUGAAGAGGAGGCAGGUGUCUCCUCUGGUGAGGGAGGGCAAGGACGGGGCCAUCGAGGACAUCAUCACAGAUUUAAGGAAUCAGCCAUACCGGCGUGCGGACGGCGCCCGCCGCAGCGCCCGCUGGCCUCCGGGGCAGCAGCUGCACGUGUCCUCAGACAUUUCCCUCUGA